AUGAGGCCGCUCGACGGCGUCAGCGAGACUCUGUCGUGGACCGCUCCCCACGCCAACAGACAGUUCAACGAGCACGCUCUGAGCUCGUGCUCCGACUUCAAGGAGCAGAUGUUCAUGGCCGAGGAGCAGCGAGAGGAGUAUAGAGACUCCAAGGUGCAAGACUACAGGGCGUUCCAUGUUCCGUUGCUCGUGGAAGGUGACGACUACGAUUUCGGCGACACAAAACUGGGCGUGAUUGCGCGUUUUCUGAGACCGCACAAAGAUUACACAUUCAAGAAGCUCAAGGCGUACCUUCCGCCUGCGUUCUACGACUUCCCCGAGGAGGACCCCGAAUGGGUCAAGCAUGCGUACGAUCUGCCAGAUAGAAGCGCAGCGUGUCCGACGCUGUGGAUUCCACGCGACCCGAUGGGCCUGUCGCGCAAGGAGAUCAAGAACCUGCACGGCGCAAUCAAGGUGAGCGACGAGAACGCUCAUUUUGACGAGAAGGGCAAGAUCAUCUGGACCGGUCCGCCGCCAGAGUAA